AUGAGUUCAAAGUUUGCAAAUCGCAGGAAGCCCCGAAAGGUCGGUGGAGCUGACUCGGAAGAGGAAGAUGGCGGUCUUGCACCUGAACCUGUCGUCAAGCGACCAGUCAAGUCAAAGGCGAAACCCAAAUCCAAAUUGAACCUCUCGUUUGGUCCCGAAGAAACCUCCAUGACCGAGGAGGGAGAGCAGGAGAGCGAGGUCGUAAUCCCUAGACGACAUGGCCUGGGCCGAAAGGUCAUGGAGAGAAGCACAUUUCAACGAAAUUUGACACCUUCCGGAGGAAUCGAUACACUUUCUGCGCGAGUUGGUCACGACCGGGAUCGACCUAGCUAUAGCCGCGAAUAUUUGAAAGAGCUCCAGGAUUCGACACCCUCGACACCAAAAGCCAGCACAGACGAUGAGAAGGACAGGACGGUCGAUGUUGCCGCCAAGUUUGGAGAAAUAAUGACCGUUUCCGGCGGCUCAUCUGCUAUUCCCAGCGAAGCAGAAAUUCGCGAAAAGAAGGCCCGGCGCGCACGGCUGGCAUUGGAACACGGCGCCGCCAAAGAGGACGAUUUCAUCUCCCUUGAGGACAACAUCGGUAGCGACGACGAUUGGGAUGCGAUAGCACGAGGUGAAAAGAUACCAGAGAAAGAAACGGACACACGGCUCGUUCGCGAUGAUGAGGACUUCGCCGAAGGAUUCGAUGAGUAUGUGGAAGACGGGAAAAUUUCGCUCGGUCGAAAGGCAGAGCGUGAGCAACAGCGCAAGCAGCGUGAUGCGAUGCGCGAGCUCAUCGAAGAUGCCGAAGGGCUCUCCGACGAUGAAGAUUCAGAUAUUGAAGAGAAAGCGGCAUAUGAGGCUACACAGACGAAAGCCGCGAUCGGAAGCGGCCGGGGCGAGGGCAUUGACCGGCCUCGCACGCCCCCAAAGAUGACCUCACUGCCCAAAUUAGCUAGCAGUCUCGAAAGACUGCGCACGACUCUUGCAUCGAUGGAGACGUCCAAGACGCAGAUGAUCAGCCGAAUGGAGGAUCUGCGCAAGGAAAAGGAAGAGGUCGCCAUUCGCGAAGUAGAGAUCCAAGCCCUAAUCAAAGAAGCCGGCGACAACUAUGAGCGACUCAAGAAGGAGGCGGGCAUUGACCCUACCGCGGAUGCAUCGGAAGGUGCGCUGGUGAAGCGUGGCCUUGAGAGCCUCGGUGCUCCCAUGGCAACGUCCGAUUCCAGCUCCGCAGAGCCAUGA